CACUCAACUAUAGGAAAUUCAGAAAUAACGGUGAUAUUGAUAAGAACCACAACCACAUAUACCAAACAACACCCAUCACUCAAUUCUCUAAAAAAACAAAAAAAAAAUGGCAAGGAAGAGUUGUGAAUCAAUCCUCUGUUUCUUAUUCUUCAUUAUAAGCUUCACUGCCGUUUCAGUUUCUUCUCAGUCGACAGAGACUUGUGACGCAACUACUGGGAAUUUCAAACCCAAUAGUACUUAUGACAACAACCGCCGUCUUAUUCUCUCCACCCUCUCUUCUAACGUCACGGCUCACGAUGGUUACUUCACCGGUUCGAUCGGGCUUGGUCCAGACCGAGUUUACGCCAUGGGGAUGUGCGCUCCAGGUGCUAAACCCGAUGUUUGCUCCAACUGUAUCAAGACUACAUCAGAAAGUUUACUAAAGACCUGUCUUAACCAAAUGGAUGGUUUCUCAUGGUCUGGUGAGAAAAUCCUUUGCCAUGUCCGCUACUCUAGCAAGUCCUUCUUCGGUCUACUUGUCUUGAAGCCGGAUGAUGGGUUAUACAAUGUUAAUGAGAUAAGAAAAGAGAACCAGAAGGAAUUUGAUAGUGUGUGGGAUGGGUUAAUGUCCCGAAUGGUCGGAAGAGCAUCUUCAUCGGUGAGAAACAUUUCGUCGUCUACUUCUUCUUUUUUAUUGUCUGGUAAAUACUAUGCAAAGGAUGUAGCUCCGGUGCCCAUUUACGGGAACAUAUCGGUGUUGAUGCAAUGCACUCCAGAUGUUUCUUCAAAGGAUUGUAAACUUUGCCUUGCAGUACUACAUUUGACCACAGAACCCUUCGCUUCCGAUUAACUUGUGUUUUUGCAGCGGUUAUAUGUCUCCCAAAUUUGUGACACAUGGCCAGUUCUCGAUGAAAUCAGAUGUCUAUAGCUUUGGAGUAUUGAUUCUUGAGAUCAUUAGUGGCAAAAAGAAUAGCAGCUUCUACCAGAUGGAUGGUUUGGUUAAUAAUUUAGUCACAUAUGUCUGGAGACUUUGGGAGAACAAAUCAUUGCCUGACCUCAUAGAUCCCAGUAUCAUAGAAGAUUGUAAAACCGAUGAAGUCAUUAGAUAUAUUCAUAUUCGGCUGUUAUGUGUUCAAGAAAAUCCUGCGGAUAGACCAACAAUGUCGACGAUUUACCAAAUGCUCACAACCAGCUCAAUAACUCUGCCUGUGCCUCUGCCACCUGGAUUUUUCUUCAAUAACAGACCAGGAUCGAAUCCACCAGGCCAGAGAUUGGAGUCGAGUCAAUCGACCAGCAAGUCUAUAACAAGUUCUGUAGAUGAAGCAACAAUCAUCUAUGUUGAUCCUCGUUGAAUAUCCAGCAUUUUCUGUUUGGUUUUUAUGUUUCCAUAUAGACUUGUCAACUUAACAAAUAACUUGGGAGACAAGCAACCAAAUACUAGAGGACUAAACCUUGAUCUCAGUUGAAACAGUAACGGUUCAUACUUAUUUCAUUACAGGACAAUGAAAUAGGAAGUGCUGAAUUAAGCGAGUUGGUAAUUGUAGUCAGGCUAAUUUUGACGAAUCUGUACGACAGAAAAUUUUGUUGACUUUUCAAAAAACAGAGAAAUAAUGCCACGUGAAGAAGACUUAAUCAAUCACUUUCACCUUGAGAAAAACUCAAAUAAGUGUGUUUUGUGAAAAUUUCUGCUGUGGCCCAUUGUUAUAUACCACUAAUCACCAUUGAACAACACGUCGUAACACAAGAUUUCUAAAACCUCAAAUGACACUAAACUAAUCGAUAUCAGUUAAGUUGACUUUGACUCAACUGCUCAAAUGUCCUUUACUCAACUGCUCUCAUAGAAUGUUUGGAGCCUCCAGUUUUGACAGAGCCAACGUAAAAGCGUAUUUAAAUUUUGCCAUUUCACCAAAGAAAAAACCAAAAUUAAAAAAAAAUAAUAAUAAUGUGUCGAAGCAAUCUCUUACCGAUCGUGUUAUCCAUCCUUGUCGCAUACGGUUUCGUCUCUGUGUGCGGCGAGAUUUGCGUGAACACUGCCGGUACUUUUAGGCCAAAUUCUACGUAUGACUCAAACCGUCGACUCAUCCUCUCGUCUCUUGCCUCUAAUGUCACGGCUCGAGACAACUUCUUCUACACCUCUUCGAUUGGGCAAGAACAAGACCGAGUCUACGUAACGAGCCUAUGCAUCCCUGGAGCUGAAUCAAAGGAUUGUUCAGAUUGUAUUACCGAGGGGGUUACAGAGUUAAUAAAAAACUGUCCUAACCAAACAGAGGCUUUCUCAUGGCCAGAAACUGAAACUCUCUGCAUGGUUCGUUACGCCAACCGUUCAUUCACUGGAUCGAUGGAGCUAGAGCCGCACACAUUAAGGUGGAACACCGGAAAUGUCACCAUUAAUAUGUCCGAAUUUGACAGAAUUUGGGAUUCGUUUAUGCUUCGGAUGAUAGAUUCGGCUUCCAGUGGACGCAAUGGAGCUUCAUCAUCUUCUUCUAGUAACAAGUAUUACGCGGCGGAUGUGACUUCAUUGACGACGUUUCAGCGAGUUUAUGCGUUGAUGGAGUGCACACCGGAUUUAUCACCGGGGAAUUGCGACGCUUGUCUUCGAGCAAGUGUUAGGAGGUACCAAGAGUGUUGCCGUGGGAAUCAAGGCAGCGUUGUUCUGAGGCCGAGCUGUUUUUUCCGGUGGGAACUUUAUCCUUUCUUUGGAGCCUUUGAUAAUAUUACUUUGAAGACGGCACCUCCACCGCAGCCUUCAACUGGCGAUAGGGACGACGGCGAUUCGCUUUCAGUGGGAGCUAUUGUGGGAAUUGUUGUAGCUACCGUCGUCAUCUUUUUGCUGCUGCUCGCUCUUGUGUUUGCCUUUUAUCGGAGAAAAAAAUCGUACCGAGAUGUUGAUUUUCAAUCUGGUGAUGAUAUUUCAGUACAUUCAUUGCAAUUCGAUUUUAAGACGAUUGAAGCUGCUACGGAUAAGUUUUCGAGGGGCAACAGGCUUGGUCAAGGUGGAUUCGGUGAAGUAUUCAAGGGUAUACUUCCAAAUGGAAAUGAAGUAGCGGUUAAGAGACUGUCGAAAACAUCAGGACAAGGUGCACAAGAGUUCAAGACAGAGGCUGUUCUAGUAGCAAAGCUUCAACAUAGAAACCUGGUUAGGCUUUUUGGGUUCUGUCUUGACGGAGAUGAAAAGAUUCUCGUCUACGAGUUUGUUCCAAACAAGAGCCUUGAUUAUCUAUUGUUUGACCCUAAACAGCAAGGUCAACUGGAUUGGACAACGAGAUACAAUAUCAUUACUGGAGUUGCUCGAGGGGUUCUAUAUCUUCAUCAAGAUUCACGGCUUACAAUCAUACACCGUGACCUUAAAGCUAGUAACAUUCUUUUAGAUGCAGAUCUGAACGCCAAGAUUGCGGAUUUUGGCAUGGCCAGGAUUAUUGGUGUUGAUCAAACCCUGGACAAUACUAGCAGAAUAGUUGGAACAUAUGGUUAUAUGUCUCCCGAGUACGCAAUGCAUGGCCAGUACUCCACAAAAUCUGAUGUCUAUAGCUUCGGAGUUUUAGUUCUUGAGAUCAUUAGUGGCAAGCGCAAUAGCAGCUUUAACCAGACAGACAACAAUUCUAUCAACUUGGUCACAUAUGCAUGGAGGCUUUGGAGAAAUGGAUCACCAUUAGAACUCGUUGAUCAAGUUGUCGGAGAGAGUUGUGACAGCAGCGAAGUUGUCAGAUGCAUCCAUAUCGCAUUGUUAUGUGUUCAAGAAAAUCCUUUGGAUCGUCCAACUUUUUCUACAAUCAUCUUGAUGCUUACUAGUAACACAAUCACCUUACCCGUGCCUCACCAACCUGGAUUUUUCUUCCGAAGCGAUCGGGACGUAGCAGCUGAAGACUUGGAGUCAGGUCAAUCUACUGGCAAAUUUCUUCCUUCCUCUAUCAAUGAUGCAACAGUUAGUGAUUUAGAUCCUCGUUGAAGACCACUCAUGAUGUCCUAUAGUAUGGUUAUUGAGUCAUUUAUUAAUUGGCUUUAGAGCUCCAGUACCUAUACAUUUUUUUUCCUCAGAUUGUAUUCCACUCUAAUUUUAUUUUCUGUGUCUGUAAAUUUGUAAUCAAGCAACUUAACUGAAUUUUUUGAGGAUCUCCUA